AUGGUGCUGUUGCUAAAGGUCGUCCUCAGCUCGAUGCUGAUCAGCGGUGGUGUUAUGAUUUACGCCCAGGCGCAGCAUCUACUGGCGCAGGCGCUCUUCCUCGGCGACCCGGACUCGUACAACAGCACGCGCGAGGACUGCGUGUGGAAGCGGGGCAACGGCCAGGAUCAGGUCUGCCCGGACCAGGACAUCCAGAUCUUCCUCUACACGUCCGGCAUCGCGAAGGACAAAUUCAAGUUCGAUCACCGGCUUCGGGACUGGUUGAACAACACCGAAUGGGAUCAUGCGAAGGAGAACAUCAUUCUGAUACACGGGUACGCCGGCGGAGAUGACACGCUACCGAUUGUGGUUCUACGCGAUGCCUACAUAAACCACGGGGGCUACAAUGUGUUUCUCGUCGACUGGGGGGCCCUCUGCCAGCCGCCGUGCUACGUGGCCGCCGUCUACAACAUCCGCCCGGUGGCGACCUGUCUUGCGCAGAGCCUGAUGCAGCUGCGUGAUCUGGGGCUGCCAGUGGAACGGACAACGUGCGUUGGUCACUCGCUCGGGGCACACAUCUGUGGGCUGAUGGCCAACUAUCUCAACUUCCGAAUGGAGCGAAUCAUCGCUCUCGAUCCCGCCAGGCCACUGAUUAAGCCGGGUGGAGUGAACCGGCUGGACCAAGGGGAUGCCAAGUACGUACAGGUGAUACACACCAACGCUGGCCACUAUGGUGAAGGAGGUCGUGUGGGGCACAUCGAUUUCUGCGUUAAUGGCGGCCGGCGGCAACCGUACUGUGGAAACAGCACCAACAUUAAUCUGUGCAGCCACAUCUGGGCCAUCUGCUACCUCGCGCAGUCACUGUACGAAGGACACGAACCGAUGGCGGAACCGUGCAGCCGUCGGUGUCCCUCGAAUGCCGUCCUGUCCGGGCUGCGAGAAGGCCGCCGUCGAAGGUUCGGCUAUGCGAUGGGCUACGCCAUUCCGAUGGGCCUGAAAACACCACCAAAUGCCUCCGGUUCGUACUGCAUCAAGGACAACUAUCCUCCGUUCUGCCCAUCGAACCCUGCGAUGCCCGGAGAUCAACGGUGCUGCAUUUGA